AUGGGUAUCCGCACCAUCGAGAUCGCGGACUCGGAUUGCGAGACGGAGACCACCACCACCAGCUCCCCGGAGAUUACUCCGGAGAAGCGAUCCGCGAAGCGCCGGCGCUUGCGGCUGGAGACGCCGGCCAAAAGGAGCCGGUGGACCAGCGCCAGCCUGGCAGAGACUCCCAGCCGCCGGGACGGCAUCCCCGAGGACCAGGAGCGGCGCUUCCGCCUGGCGCUCUGCGACUCCACUGCCUCGCUGCUGAAGCUGCUGGUCUCUGGGUCCCAGCUCCAGCGGGCGCAGGUCUACGCCUGCCACGCGGUGCAGCUGUACUUCAUGUCCAACUCCUUCCGUAGCUGCGACUUUGAGGCCACCGCCCUGGCGGCGGCAUCCAAGGCCCUCAAGGACAGUGGCAUGGCACUACCAGAGGAGGAGUUGCUGGCGGUGCUGCAAAAAGAGCAGGUUGUCACAGAGGCCUUGGGGCCCAGCCCCCUACAGCGCCUUCGCCAGGAGACCCGGAAGCUCGAGCUCCUGGUGAGCUGUGACCGACGCUCCAGGUACGUCGAUCUGAUUAGCCUCGCCGAGGAUGCCACAGACAAGCUGCUCUUGCGGCUCUCGCACAAGCAGGCCAUUACCAGCGCGAUGGUCCUGCAGUUGCGAGAGGCGGCCCGCGGCUUUGCGGUGGGCGCCAUGCAGGGCCUGGCGCCCCUGAUGUUCCGGCCGGAGACCCUCGGGGCUGUGGCCUCCGCCUUGGGCGCGCGUCAAGUCCUCAAGGCCGAGGUUUUGCCCGAUGAGAUCAGGACCUUGAUCCUAGAGGAUCAGAAGGCCGCUACCGAGGAGUUCGCGCUUGCCACGCGGGAGGUGCUCAAGGCGCUCGAGUUGAAGUGCCGGCCUUGA